CACAAAACAACACACACAGCAGUCUGCCGACCCGGAGAAGAAAAUACAACGACAGUGUAAUGUUUGUCGGGGCUUUCCAAGUCGUCAUUAUGUACAUAACUAAGCGGGAUUAAUAAUUAAUUAAUGGAAUGAAGUGGACUUAAGGUCGUUGUUCAGAAGUUGAUGUGAAGGCUUAGGCCGGGUGUUUGUAGAAUCAGAGGCAUUGCUCCAUGUGAAAAAAAGUGAAUCGUGUAUUGUGCGUGUGUGGAGGAAGUGGACCGCCGAAUACACACCGCGUACACGAUUGUGUAUUUAACGCAUGUGGAUGUUUCCUAGUCUGGUUUUAAAGAGGAAUCUGUGAAGUCAUGUGCAGGUAUGAUUUUCUUUAUUUGGUUUAGCAGCCAGACAACAUGCCGGCUACAGUUUAAAGUUUUAAAACCUGACGGGUACCUGCCGGGAUUACGUUUCCUAAUUGAUUCAACUUCUGCCCCGAAGUAUGUCGAGUAAUGGUAAAUCUCAGAACAUGGAAGUAAGUGUUCAUUAUGGUGCUGGCGGCUCCGACAAGGAGGAUUCGGAGGGGCAGGUUGAAAUGGGGGAGAUCACUGCAACAGGGGAAAACACUAAAGGAGGCAUGCCAAGUUUGUUUGAAAGAGCAUCUGGAAGUUGGUGGAACCCAAAGUUUGAUUCAGAAGCCCUUGAAGCUCAACAAUGGGAAAGUUACUUUCCUCAGACACGAAGAAGGUUCCAAUACGCACUGUGUUACAUCAUUGUUGCGAGUAUCGCUUGGUGUGUAUUCUUUGGGACAGCAAAGGUACAGCAGUGGUUGUAUUUCCUAGCAGGAACAUUGGUGAUACUGGCUUUAGUCGCGUUGGUACUUUGGUUUACUUUCACUAAAUUCUACGAGCGAUUUUACUUUCAAACUUCCAUUUUAGUGUCACUUACAUUAUGUAUCGGAGUUCUACUUCAUUUUGGUCUGGAGACAGAAUUAACAACUGUGGCGAUGUUCACAGCGUCGAUAGAGGUCAUCCUCAUGAUGUACACCGUCAUUCCGAUGCCUCUAUUUGUUUCAGUUGGAAUUGGUGUGGUGCAUUCCAUAAUUUACGAAGUUCUUAUAACCCUUCAACACCCGGAAACACAGAAGAUUACAUUCAUAAUUGGUAAAAUUAUUCUGCAUCUUUGUAUUCAUUUAAUAGGUAUCCACAUUUUCAUUAUGUUACAAGUUAGACGACGAAGCACAUUUUGGAAAAUUGGUCAGUCGGUGAUGGCAAGACGAGAACUGCACAAAGAAAAGCAGGUUCAGGAGCAGAUGAUCCAUUCUCUUAUGCCCAAGAAGGUGGCUGAUGAGGUAAUGGCCACGCGAGAGGAUAAGACAGAUGACGAAGUAGAUCCGGGUCAAGGAAAGAGAAAUUCCAAGACCAAGAAAGAGAAGGGUGUCAUUGUAUUCAGACCGUUCAACAUGAACAGUAUGGACAACGUCAGUAUUCUGUUCGCAGACAUCGUCGGUUUUACCAAGAUGAGUUCCAACAAAACAGCCGAACAUUUGGUGGGAUUGUUAAAUGAUUUGUUCGGUAGAUUUGACAAACUCUGUCAGGAAAAUGGCUGUGAAAAAAUUAGUACCCUUGGUGACUGUUACUACUGUGUGUCAGGCUGUCCACAAGGGAGAGAAGAUCACGCCAAGUGUUGUAUCGAAAUGGGCAUCGGAAUGAUCGCCGCUAUACAACAGUUCGACGAGGACAACAACGAAUCGGUUGGUAUGAGGGUCGGGGUACACACAGGCAAAGUUCUUUGUGGUAUUGUCGGGACCCGUAGGUUCAAAUUCGAUGUCUGGUCAAAUGAUGUCACCCUGGCCAAUACAAUGGAGUCCUCCGGCCUACCGGGGAAGGUGCACAUUUCCGAAUCUUCACUCCGAUUCCUGGAUGACGAAUAUGAAGUGGAACAGGGAGAAGAUAUAGCAGACAACAGGACACACAAGGUGUUGAUUGAAGACUACAAUGUGGAGACAGGGCUAUACCAAGUCAAACACAGGGAGGAUGAAAAAGUGAUAAAAACCUACUUCAUCAUGGGCCGAAACGACAACUGCACAAAGGGUCCAGCUUGGUCAGUAGCAUCGCCUUCAGCUGCCCCGGAGAAUGUAGCUAUUACUGUGGAAGGGGAGACAACUUCUGGACAAACAGGGGAAGCUGCUACUGCUGCUACUGAGCUCCUGGCCUCGGAUAAGGCGUCUAAAUCUCCGGAUGAUGUAGAAGCCAAACACACAGAGGCUAAGGGCACUGAUGUAAACGGUGUGACAGCCGUUUUAGGGCGACGCCACAGUGAAACAUCGCUAGACGUCACGGAUGCAACCAGCCCCAUCAAUGAGACACUUAUGCAUCACAAUCACGAUGAAAGCGCCAAAAACGAUCUUCACCUUCUCAAAUGUUUGAAGGAAGAUGUGAAGAACAAGGAGUUUUUCUAUAAGCCCCCGAUCUCCAAGAUCACCCUAAGCUUCCAGAACUCAACGCUGGAGACGGAGUACAGGGACCACUUCAUACAGGAGAAUCGGAGCGAGAACACGCUGUCUUCGCCACGCUAUCACGCUCUGGUCGAGAUUAUCAUAUCUUUUAUCAUAUUCACACUAAUCUCAAUCUGCGCAUUUAUCAUGUUCGACUGCGAGUUGCCAUGGAUACUGCUGUUCCUGGUAGCCUUGAUCCUGGAAAUUUUGGUUCUUAUCCAUGCAGUAACCGAUGUUAAAUGCAGGAAGCAGAAAAUGGAAUUAUGCGAAAAGUGCAUAACUUUCAUAUCUGGAUGGUAUUUCCGCAAUAUCCUUGGAGCUAUCAUAGCGAGUCUCCCCGUGAUCGCAGUGUACUCCAACUUUUCCUGUGGAGUACUGACGCAGGCAUUAUGGCAGGACCGGUUUUUCACCUACUCCAUUAUGGUGGCACUUCUACAUUAUUGUAACUUCACCAUGCUCAGUUCCUGGCUCAAGUCUAUUCUGGCUGCGCUGGCCGGAGUCGUAUUGAUCGUUCUGUUGAGUGUGAAUAUCUGUACGUUUAGCUCGGACAUGGGAGUAGUCUCAAUCAUGGGGAACGUCACUACCAACUUAACCAACUAUGACGUGAAAAACAUCUCCCAGAACACCACCCAGCUGGACUACCUGUUCUCCGGGAGCCACCACCUGCAGUACGAGAUCAUUCUCGACAUGGUCUUGCUCUUGUUUCUUGUGUGGUUCCUCAACCGCGAGUUUGAAAUUAAUUACAGGCUGAGCUUUAACGGAGAUGCACAGGCUAAGGCCAAUAAGCAACAGAUGCAGCGGACCAUGGAUCAAGCUGAUUGGCUGUUACACAACAUCAUACCAGAGCAUGUAUCAAAACAGAUCAAUAAAAUGGGCGUGACCAAAUACUCCAAGAACCACAAGGAUGUUGGUGUGAUAUUUGCAACACUAGUCAACUUCAACGAAUUCUACGAUGAGGCGUAUCAAGGUGGGAAGGAGUACUUACGAGUACUCAAUGAACUUGUCAGUGACUACGAGGACCUUCUGGAUGAAUAUCGAUUUAAAGACGUAGAAAAAAUCAAGACUAUCACAAGUACCUUUAUGGCUGCCUCAGGACUAAAUGAAUCGAGUCGGGCAAAAAACAAGCAUCCACAUGCUCAUCUAUUUGAGCUUAUGGACUUUUGUGUUGAAAUGCAGGGAGUGGUGCAGAGAUUCAACGAGAGUAUUUUUAACUUUUCCUUUGAAUUGAACAUUGGGUAUAACUAUGGUGAAGUGACCGCGGGUGUCAUCGGUACAACCAAGCUCUUAUAUGACAUUUGGGGCGACACAGUGAACAUUUCCAGUCGGAUGUACUCCACUGGAGUCAAGGACAGGAUUCAGGUCCCAGAAGCCACAGCCAAUCUCCUGGGAGAGGUGUACGAUUUCGAGUACCGCGGGACAAUACCAGUGAAGGGGAAGGGAGACAUGAAAACCUAUCUGUUAGUAGGCAAGAAGCCUGGAGCUGAAUGGACCUAAGGCUCAACCAGCAGCUAUCUCCCUUUAGAGUUCAUGAUUAAAGUAAAGGUAUCAGGGGUAAAACACCAGUAUGGAGAUUUCCAGGCACCACUCUAUGUGGCUCUAUUACACACAUUUAACCAAAUUUUAUCACUAAUGCCGUUUCAAAAUUUCACAAAUUUUAUUAUUAUUUUUUUUUGAAAUUUUUGGUUUCAUUAUUUAGACAACUUCCAUGACCGGAUUGGCACUGUUAUCAAAUUAGAGAUGUAGUUUGACAUAAACAAAGCUGCUUUAUGCUAUCUGUGGAUACAGUGAUCCUUUCAGAGUCCAAUACCUCUUAAUUAAUGGGAAUACAACCAAGGAUACUGGGACAUGCAUAACCUAACCCAUACUGGAAGUAAAUCAAGUAAUUAAAAAAGGACCUUCAGCAUUCAAGAAAUGGAAAGUGAAAUCAAAUGCCUGCCUGCCUCGCUCGCUUUUAAAAAGGUGGUCUGAAAAAACUAAUGAUGGGUUUUAGUCUGCCAUAUUUACAAGUGUUGCAGUCUACAGAGUUUCUGGUACAAGUGACCAUUCCUGGAGUUAGCUCCCUUGUGAGUUUAUAAGUUUAAGGGACUGUAGUAUUCUGCACCAUUCUGGGAGUGCUGGAGUACAUAGAUGUAGGUGCCGAGUCGUGUUGAGAAUGGACGUUGUAAGUAAGAGUUACCUACCCUUGAACAGUGGAAUCAAGAGAUCGUUCAAAACCUGCAAAUCAACAAGGAUCUACCCACCACACCGAGGUGACAGCAGGGAUGAUAGACACACCAGCGUGGUGACAGCAGGGAUGAUAGACACACCAGCGUGUUUAUCAUACCACGUUGGGUUUCCUGAUCUCAUCUUCAACUUGUGCAGCUAUAAAAGACCACAGCUAUGUAGCCAGCAAAGGAAAACCUGGAUUGUACAGUAGGCAUCCAUGUUGACAGAAACCUUACAUACCAGGGUAGUUUCCAUUUCUUAGUGUUUUAGUCUUACUUUUGUAUAAAUUUAGCAGAGGUGAUCAAUCAAUGAGAAGUGAAUUAUUUUCAGACUUUUACUGGUUUUUUUAUUAUAGAUGUUUUUAUCUUUCUAGUUUACAAUGAAAUCUGUUUAAGCUAAACGCUCCUGGUACCAGUGAGUCUAUAGUUUCUGGAACAUAACAGAUUAUACCAGUUGCUUGACAUAGACUUGUAUAUGAUGGAAGAAAUAUUCAAGGUCUAGAAUAUACAGGUUUCCAGAUUAGACUGGGUUUGGUUAGGCAGGUUACAUUAUGUGUCAACCAAAUUUAAGGCACUAUUUCUAUCAGGUGUAAAUUAAGGACAGUUUACUGUUAUCCUGGUGACUGAAGCAUGACACAAUCGAUUUCAAAAAAAGUUGCAUUUUAUCAUCACUGACUUUUGAAAAAUUCAAAUUACCUAUUUGGUACUGUCAAAAUAGAUCUUUGGUUGAUAACUGUCUGAGAUUUUUCUAGGACAGAGUAUUUUUUAUCAGAAUCUGUCACUUUUUGACAUGAUAUGUACAUUCUGUAUUGGAGUGAACAGACAUGAAAAUAGUCAAAGGUUCAAAAACAUAUUUUGAUAUUUCAUGUAGGAAUGGGUUUUUUCAUCAUCUCAUUUUAAGUUCUGUACAACACUGAAGAAUGGCCAAGUGAGCUUAUCCCAUGGUGCAGCGUGCAGCGUCCGGCGUCCGGCGUCCGUCAACUUUUU